CUGAAUAUCCCAGAAAUCGUACCCAUCGACAAUUACAGGGAACUUACCCACUUCUGCUUCUUCUUCCCAGUCAGAAAGUGCUGUGCUCUCUGCUUUUUGUAACAAUUCCUAUUUCUAAAUCAUAUAUAGUUUUUUCUUUACUUUCCUUUCUUUAUUUGUUUUAGUUUAAUAAUCCAGUUGAAGCCGUGUUACACUUACCCUUUAAAAAAGAGUGGGAAUCAUCCUGUUGCUUUGAUUGAGAGCUACCAAAGCAAUCCAACACUUCCUAAUUCAGCUUUCAGAUAGCCAAUUUCUCUAUUUCUCAGGAGUUCUUUUACCCUUUAUUCUUUAAAGCCAUUGCCGUUACAGCAGAGGACUUCAUAAUCAGCAAAAUCUUUGUUGAAGAUAUAAAUGGCAACGCUAGGGGAUAUAGGGGUUUCAGCUGCUAUAAAUCUGCUAAGUGCUUUGAUUUUUCUUUUAGCUUUCGCAAUUUUAAGGCUACAACCCUUCAAUGAUAGAGUUUAUUUCUCAAAAUGGUACCUUAAGGGCAUAAGAAGUAGCCCUACACACUCAGGGGCUUUUGUGCGGAGGUUUGUGAAUUUAGACUUUAGAUCGUAUCUGAGAUUUUUAAAUUGGAUGCCAGAAGCAAUCAGAAUGCCAGAGCCUGAGCUUAUUGAGCAUGCAGGAUUGGAUUCUGCCGUUUACUUGCGCAUUUACUUGUUAGGACUUAAGAUUUUUGUUCCUAUCACAUUGCUUGCUUGGGCUAUCUUGGUUCCUGUUAAUUGGACAAAUAGCACCUUGGAGCUGUCUCAAGUGACUUCCAGCGACAUUGACAAGCUUUCAAUUUCAAAUAUCCCACUUAAAUCGCCAAGAUUUUGGACACAUAUAGUGAUGGCUUAUGCCUUUACUUUUUGGACAUUGUAUGUGUUAAUGAAAGAGUAUGAGAAAGUUGCUACAAUGCGCUUGCAGUUUCUUGCCUCGGAAAGACGCCGUCCAGAUCAAUAUACUGUUCUUGUUAGGAAUGUGCCCCCAGAUCCUGAUGAAUCUGUUAGUGAGCUUGUGGAGCACUUUUUUCUGGUCAAUCAUCCAGAUAACUAUCUGACCCAUCAGGUUGUAUACAAUUCAAACAAACUAGCCAAAUUGGUGAAGAAGAAGAAAAGUAUGCAGAACUGGCUUGAUUACUACCAACUUAAGUAUUCUAGAAACCAAUUGCAGAGGCCUGUGAUGAAGACUGGCUUUCUUGGGCUUUGGGGGCAAAAGGUGGAUGCAAUUGAUCAUUACAUUGCUGAGAUUGAGAAACUAUCAAAAGAAAUAGCAGAAGAGAGGGAAAAAGUUGAAACGGAUCCAAAGUCUAUCAUGCCAGCAGCAUUUGUUUCUUUCAAAAGUCGAUGGGGUGCAGCUGUUUGUGCACAAACUCAACAAUCCAGAAAUCCAACUUUGUGGUUAACAGAGUGGGCCUCAGAGCCACGUGAUGUAUAUUGGAAUAACCUAGCAAUACCUUAUGUUUCACUUGCAAUUAGAAGGUUGAUAAUGAAUGUCGCCUUCUUUUUCCUUACCUUCUUCUUCAUGAUCCCAAUUGCAUUUGUUCAAGCUCUAGCAAGUAUCGAGGGAAUUGAGAAAAAAGCUCCCUUUCUGAAGCCCAUUAUUGAAACAAAAUUUAUUAAAUCACUCAUCCAAGGUUUCCUACCUGGCAUUGCGUUGAAGCUUUUCCUGAUCUUCCUGCCAACAAUAUUGAUGAUCAUGUCUAAAUUUGAAGGUUUCACAUCUCUGUCAUCUCUAGAAAGGAGAUCAGCUGCAAGAUAUUAUUUUUUCAACAUAGUGAACGUUUUCCUUGGGAGCAUAAUCACUGGAACUGCAUUUGAACAACUCAAUUCUUUUAUCAAGCAGUCUGCUAGCGACAUUCCUAAGACGAUCGGUGUGGCUAUUCCAAUGAAAGCAACUUUCUUCAUAACGUACAUAAUGGUUGAUGGAUGGACUGGAAUAGCAGGGGAAGUUUUAAUGUUGAAGCCACUAAUAAUCUUCCACCUGAAGAAUUUCCUCCUGGUUAAGACGGAAAAGGAUAGGGAAGAGGCAAUGGAUCCAGGAAGCCUUGGUUUCAACACUGGGGAGCCUCGUAUUCAAUUCUAUUUUCUGUUAGGUCUUGUGUACGCAACAGUGACACCUGCUCUCCUUCCAUUCAUAAUAAUUUUCUUUGCCUUUGCUUACGUCGUGUUUCGUCAUCAGAUCAUAAAUGUUUACAACCAAGAGUACGAGAGUGGUGCAGCAUUUUGGCCUGAUGUUCAUGGACGUGUUAUCAUUGCAUUGAUAAUCUCGCAGGUGCUUUUGAUUGGACUGUUGAGUACAAAACAAGCUGCUCAGUCGACACCAUUUCUCCUUGCCUUGCCUGUACUCACUAUAUGGUUCCACAAAUUCUGCAAAGGCCGCUAUGAACCUGCAUUUAAAAGAUAUCCAUUGCAGGAAGCAAUGAUGAAAGAUACCCUGGAACGUGCAAGGGAGCCAAACCUGAAUUUGAAAGCCUAUCUCCAAAAUGCAUAUAUGCAUCCGGUUUUCAAAGGCGACAGUGACGAUGGAGAUGAAGAUAUGAGUGAAAAAUUGGAGACAGAGAGUGUGGUAGUCCCUACAAAACGACAAUCACGAAAAAAUACACCUGUGCAUAGCAGAGUUAGUGGGGGAUCUUCACCACCAUCUUUGACUGCGGAGGUUAUCAAGGAACAUCCAGAGCCUUAACACCUCCUGUGCGUAUGAGACUUAAAAAUCAUGACUGUACAUUGCAAUGCUUGCAUAAGAGGAGAAAGAGAAAGGGUUGAGUUGUAAUCUUUCCAUCAAGUAAUAUAUUGGUUUGUAAUUGUAUUGUACCAUUUCUGAACAAUUACUCAUUUAUUUGUUCCUCGGCGGAAUUUGGAUUUACAAUAAUUGUGGGAAAAA